GGGAAUUAAAGCUAUGACUUAAGACUUUAUAGGUUUCCAUGGAAACGUUUGGUGCAUAUUAUAUAUAUAAGACACGGGUAGAAAAUUAUACAUAGCAGUAUUUCGAUUGUUGUCAAACGGAAAAAUGAAUAAAGCCAAAGCACCUGUCUGCGCUCCAGACGGCAAGAUAACUAAAGAUUACCUUUACAAAGUAUGCAGCUAUGGCGAUGGGAUGUAUUCUGUACCACAUUUAAAUAACAUUCUUUAUUUGCACUACCAAGGUAUCAGGCAAAUUGAAAAUUUGGACGAUUACACCAACCUGAAGUGUCUUUACUUGCAAAACAAUGUGAUCAGAAAAAUAGAAAAUCUGGGAAAUCUCAAGCAGAUGACUCAGCUCUUUCUCAAUGAAAACUGCAUCGAAAAAAUUGAGAAUUUAGAGCAUUGCCAGCAGCUGGAUAAAAUUGAUCUCAGCAAAAAUAAGAUCCAGGCCGCUGAAAAUCUGAGCUGCCUGAAAAACCUGACCAGUUUGGAUUUGAGCUACAACAGCCUGGAAAAGGUCGAAGACAUUUCUCACCUUGCCGAGUGCGCUUCUCUGACACUGCUUCGACUCUCGCACAACAAAUUAGCCGAUCCUGAUAUUAUAAACGUUCUCUCGAAACUGGAGAAAAUGAGAGCUUUGUUCCUGGAUGGCAAUCCAAUUUUAGGCGUGAUUCCAAACUACAGGAAAACCGUCAUUCUGGCGUUUCCAGAAUUGUGCUACCUUGAUGGAAGACCUGUUCAAGACGAGGAGAGGAAGUUGGCUGAGGCGUGGAAUGAGGGUGGACAAAGUGCUGAAGAAGCUCUCAAGAUCGAAUGGAAGCUGCAAAAGGAGCAGGAUUUGAAAGAACUGCAUUUGAAGAUGUACGAGAGAAUGAAACAGCGAUAUCCAGAACUUUACAAAGAGACCGAAAGCGAAGACUUGAAUGACGAAGACUUUGGGCAGUCAGAAAUGAAGGAGGUAAUCCCGAUCAAAAUGCCAUGGCAGCGCACUAGGCCAACUGUUUUGAAUGACCACGCACGAAAGCUCGUCGAAGAAAUCGAGUGGAAAGAUGUGGAAGAGCAAAUUCCAGAUUUUGAGGAAAUGCCUCAAAUCGAGAAUUCAGAUGGUGAAGCGACAGUUGAACAGCCGCAGUGCAUUCUGGAGUAUAUUCAUCAGUUGGGGAAAGAGAAAACCGCCGAAGUCAAGAUUCAGGAGCAGGGCUUUGAGAAUUUGCCAGAGGAGCUGCACUAUUCGCUCGAUGAAAGAAUGGAAAUUUGGCAGAACUUCAUGACUGGCACAUCCGACGAAUCGGCAGAAGAUUGCGAAUAGAUUUUGUUUGCGUUUGAGAA